AUGACACGUGCACAGUUGGCGGAUAUGAUGGGGCAGUUGACUGGUUCUAGACCUCAGGGUGACCGGGGUGGCAGUCGCAUUGCUUUGUCAUUCAUUAGAGAUCAAAUGGCGGAGUUGCACCCAGAUAUUACCCACGAGACGGAGCAUCUUUGGAUUCAGAGGUACACUCGGUUGACGUUGCUCCUGCUUUUCGGGUGUGUCUUGUUCCCGGACACUUCGGGGAGUAAAGUGAGUAUGCGCUUUCUCCAUUGUCUUGAGCAGCUGGAUGAGCUACCCCAGUACAGUUGGGGUGCUACUGUUCUGGCGUAUCUGUAUAGGAGCAUGUGUCGGGCGAGCAUAGGUCCAGCGGUUGAUAUAUGUGGUUUUCUGCCCCUCCUACAGCCACCUCUACUACCACUUCCGCCCGAUGAGGAUUAUCCGCUUCUCCCUCUAGCUAUCAGGUGGAUUCUCCGGCGUGGGAACUACCGAGGGACGGAUGCUCAUCAUAAUCUCCCCCUUCUCAGGGAUGUGUUAGAUAUGUUGGUGGACGGACAGUUUGGCCGUCCUCAGCCUAUACCGAGGGAGCCUAGAUGGGAGGCUACACACUAUCAGCGGGACGACCGUGCCAGCAUGGACAAGGAGUAUAUUGGAUGGCUACAGCAGCAGAUAGCUUAUUGGGAGGACCGAGCUGAGCGCAUUCCGCUACCACCUAUAGUUUUCCAGGAGGCCAGUAUUCAUCUGUAUGCUGAGUGGUACCGCCGUCAGACCCGAAUGAUGAUCGGGAACCCCGUUCAUGUACUUGGCGAACGCUACAGACCGUACGCCGAGAGGCACGAGGCACUGGGUAUUGGGCAUCAUCGCAUCUACCAGUUGGGAUAG